AUGGAAGGCAUCUUCUGCCUCGCCUCAGCUGUGAAGCUGGAGCUUCGGUUCGCAGCCGACACGUGCGCUUGCGCCGGAAAAGUCUCAGACCUCAGUCGGCUUAUGAAUUUAGCAGUGUCCAUGGGAAAGCGGAUAAUGCCCGGCCGACCUCCCGACAAGGGGUCCUUCCCCCUGGACCACUUUAGCGAGUGCUCGAAGCUCAAGGACGAGUACCUUCAGUGCUUGAAGCAGCACAGCCACGACAACAUGUCCUGCCGGUAUCUCUCCAAGCGGUACUUGCAAUGUCGCAUGGACAAGAACCUGAUGACGAAGGAGCCCAUGGAGCGGCUGGGCUUUACCGAGGAGGACGUCUCGCCAGCGCCGGCGAGGAAAAAAGAGAAGAAGAAGACUAAGGAGGAGACCGGGUGGAUUGUCGGAAUCGACGGCAUCAAGCCGGAGCGAAGCAACGAAUGGCGAAGGCCUACCCUUGUGAAUAUCCGGGCUUUCGUCUCUGAGAAGAAGGAAGAUGCAUCCUCCUAG